AUGAAGCCGUUUGCACUCCUCUUCGCGGCGACUGCCGCCGCUCUCGUCACGCCUGGCGUGGUCAGCAAGCAACAGACACCCUUGGCCACAGACCAGGACAAGACAGCAGAGCAGAAUGUCGUCCAGGCCUGGUGGGAUGGACUCCCCAACCCGACCAGCCUCAUGUCCCCGAUCGAGGACCGCAUCACCAAGAGCAUCCAGCACAGCACCCAGGAUGAUUUCCUCUCCCUGAUCGACCCCGAGGCGCAGGAGGAAGACCACCCGCACCCGCACCCCCGGCCCCCGCACCGCAGACACGGCCGGCACGGCCACCACGGCGACCCGGACAAGACCAUCUACGAGCUGAUCAAGGAGAACAAGCACACGACGCGGUUCGCCCACCUCGUCGAGAAGCACGACGAGAUCAAGCAACUCCUCCAAGACACCAAGCACAACCACACCCUCUUUGUCCCGACCGACCGCGCCUUCAAACACUUCCUCCUCCACCACGGCGGCGGCGGUGACAACGACGACGACGACGGCGACCACCACAAAGGCCCCAGCAAAGAAUUCCUCCUGGCCCACGGCAAAUACCACAUCACGCCCGGCCUUCACAACCCCCAAACGCAUCCGCACCGUGACCCUCCCGCUAAUCCACCUCACCCGCCUGAACUUCCGCACCCGCCUCCUGGCCGGCGAUUUCGUCGCCGCCAACGGCCUCAUCCACGCCAUCGACACCUUUUUGAUCCCGCCGCCAAGGCAGACGGCGAUUGUGAGGCUGCUGCCGACGCAAUUUAA